GGCUGGAUGCAGUCAGUCAGUCAGAGUUAAACCACAGAGCUGCGGGCUGCCUUCAACCGGUGUCAAACACAGGCGAACCGUUUGGAGAAAACUUCUCUGGGAUUUUUUUUACGUUGUUCUUUGUAGAACGACAAGAAACAUUAUUAUUAUUUUUUUAAUUGUGGGGAGAAAAGUCAAAGAGAGUCCCGUUCUUGAGGGACGGAAUAUGAUUUGAAUGAGAGGAAACAGCGCUGUGCUCCUCUAACAGGAUGACUCUUCUUUUGCCUCAAAUCGUCCUGCUGUUCUGGGCCUUGUGCCCCAGUGUGCAGGCUUACUGCGAUACAUCACUGGAGACAUCCAAAUUGAACUUCUCGGUCACCUACACGCUCCCAACUUUUACUGCAGACUUCCCAAUCCAGAACAUGGUGACCCUGGAUGGAAUCGUCUACGUCGGCGCCGUGAACAGAAUUUACGCUCUGGCCCCGAACCUCACAAAGCUGUCAGAGUACCACACAGGGCCACUGCUCGCCAAUGAGACCUGUGGCCAGACACCGAUGAGUGCAGGCAACAGCAACAGGAUGGACAACCACAACAUCGCUUUAGUGGUGGAGAACAUCUACGACAAAGGGUUGUACAGCUGCGGCUCAGCGGAUAAUGGAGUCUGUCGCCGUCACGUCCUGGAUGAAGGCGACGUCCUUAAAACAGUUGAUGAAAGCGUCUACUGCUUCACGGACACGGUGAGGCCAGCUCAGGGUCCAUCAGGUGACCCUAAUGUUGUGGUGAGCCCAUCAGGCUCUCAGGUCCUCAACGUGGAGAGCAAUGUCAUCAAGUUUUUUGUUGGCAACUCUGAGAUUCCAGGCACAGGGAACGUGUCGGGCAAUGCAAUGCAUCCUCACACUCUCUCCAUAAGAAAGAUGAAGACGAGCCAAAACGGCUUCACGUUCUUCUCCACCCUCUCACACAUGGACCUGAUCCCAUCUCUCCGAGGAAACUACUACCUGCGCUACAUUUACUCCUUCCACAGCGGGCCCUUCACCUACUUCCUCACUGUGCAGCAGAAGAGCUGGGACUCUCAAAGCUACCACACCCGCAUAGUCCGCAUGUGCUCCUCAGACCUGGUGAUCCGCCGCUACGUGGAAAUGCCCAUCGAGUGCAUCAGCACCAAGAAGAGGCGCCGACGCUCUCCCGGGGAUGAGAAGAAGGUCUUCAACAUCCUUCAGGCGGCCCACGUCACCAAGGUGGGCAACGACGUGGAACUGCAGAGGCAACUGAAGGUGGAGGAAGGCGACGAUGUGCUGUUUGCCGCCUUCGCUCAGGGACAGACGAACUCUCCAGAGCCGACCCCCAACUCAGCUGUGUGCGUCAUGUCCCUGAAGAACCUCAACCAUUUGUUCAAGAUUUACAUGCAGAUGUGCAACACCCGCGACCCGUACCACUUUACCAGCUCCAACAAGACGUCCUGCUACAAUCUG